AUGCGACCCUGGUCCCUCCUGUGGUACCAGCCAGCAGCCGACACCCAGGGCGUUUCUUGUCUUCUUCCCACGCAUCCCUUGCCUGUCUACCCCACGCUCAGCCUCUGCCCCUUCCCCCGAGGGCUGGCCGCUAAGACCCCUUCCCACAUCCUUUGGCGCUCUCCUGGCACGCUUCGGUCCUGCGGACCCCCUAAGCGUGCGGCAGGUUGUUGGGGCGCAAGAGAGAAGCGGUCGCUCGCGAGGAAGCCCAGCGCUUCCGGGGCCUCGCGGGGGCUGCAGGCCCGCGUGGACGUGCACAGGCCGCCCCCCCGCGCGCCGCAGAGCUGGUUCAGACCCGCCCGGCGUCCGCAGGCCGGAGGCGGGGCCCGGGGCCAGGGGGCGGGCCGGGCGUCGGGGCGGGCCGGGGCUGGCGUCGGGGCGGGGCGUCCGGCUGCGGCCCCCGGCGCGCAUUCCCGGCUGGAGCCGCCGCCCCCGCAGUCGCCGCCGCCCGGGCCCGCUCCGACGCGUGCUUGUGCCGACGAACAUACCAGGCCUGGCCACUCCUGGCUCUGCCUCCAGCUGAUCCUGCCUGCUCGGAAGGCGGCCCUGGCCCCCGCCCUGGGGGCUUGCAGGCGGGACCCCGGUUGGUUGGCCGGCAAGAGCCAGACGUGUGACCUGUUACCUGUCCUCCCAGCUCCGCCCUCGGCAGCUUCCAAGUCUACCUGUGCCCUAGAGACGUUGCCGCCGCCGGCCUGA